AUGAAUUUAAUCGAGUACUUCAUUUCUUGCGAAAUAUUUAAGGAACUCUUAGAAUGUGUUCAGUAUUUACAUGAAUUGAAUCCACAGAUCAUUCACAGAGACCUCAAACCCGACAAUAUAUUGAUCGCCGAAAACGCAAGAGAGGGUCGAUUCGUGAAGUUAUGUGACUUCGGUUUGGCUGCACUUCAUAAUUACCUGAAUCCUAAUCACACGGGUGAAUUAGAGUUCAUUGGUAAAGGAUUAUAUGGUUAUGUGCGUAAAGUGAGAAAUAAAAGCACCAAUGACAUAUAUGCCAUUAAAAUGAUUGAACUGACAGAAUUUAUAUAA